ACCCCUCGCGCGUCUUAUUUCAUCUGCAAAAUUAGUUAUAUGGGACGAGGCACCUAUGUUAAAUAAAUUUUGCUUCGAAGUGCUGGACAAAUGCCUUAAGGAUGUUCUUCGAUUUGAUCGUGGAUAUAAUCCUCAUGCUCUAUUUGGUGGGAAAAUUGUUGUUCUAGGAGGUGAUUUCCGUCAAAUUUUGCCUGUGAUUCCUCGUGGUUCCCGGGAAGAGAUCGUUCAUUCAUGUAUUAAUGCUUCAAACCUGUGACAAUCUUGCCAAGUGUUGCAGUUAACUGAAAACAUGAGACUUUCCCGUGGUUCACGAGAUAUACACGGUGUACAAUUGAAGGAAUUUGCUACAUGGUUGCUUCAAGUUGGUGACGGGUUAAUUGGAGACAAUACCGAUGGCGAAUCAGUAAUUAGAAUACCUCACAACUUGUUGCUUAACGUUGAGUCUGCCUGUCUGCAUGACUUGGUGUUGUUCGUUUAUCCUGACAUCUUACUCUAUUCUUCUAGCGUUGAUUAUUUUAAGGAUAGGAGUAUAUUAGCACCAACACUUGAUGUCGUAACUGAAGUAAACAAUCAUGUGAUGUCUUUGAUCCCUGGCAACGAGAGGGUAUACUUGAGCUCUGAUACACUAAUUAGUGAAGAUGGUCACCUGGAAUCUGAAUUAUAUACAAUGAGCACCGAGUCAUUGAAUGCGCUAAAUUGUUCAGGGAUUCCCCAACACCGAUUAGUUCUUAAAAUCGGUGUUCCUGUCAUGCUUCUUCGCAAUGUUGACCAAUCAAAAGGACUAUGCAAUGGUACGCGCAUGCAGGUUAAACGUCUUGGUGACCAUAUCAUUGAAUGUGUCAUCUUAGCAGGUAGUAAUACUGGUGAUGCUGUAUUUAUUCCCAGGAUGAACAUGUCUCCCAAUAAUGAUACAUUACCAAUAAGGUUUACUCGACACCAAUUUCCAGUUGCUCUGUGCUUUGCGAUGACCAUAAACAAGUCUCAAGGUCAAACGUUGUCAACAGUUGGCGUCUAUCUUCCGAGGCCUGUUUUUACUCAUGGCCAGCUUUAUGUUGCGCUUUCUCGGGUCAGCAUGCAUUCUGGACUAAAGAUUUUAUCUGUUGACUCUAACGGCAAAGUUUCAGAUCAUACUAUUAAUGUAGUCUACAGAGAAGUUUUUACCGGGAUACUACCUAACAUUCUCCCUUGA